AUGUCGACAGAGACGAGAGCCAGGAAGCGCAAGUUAGGCGACGAUGUCGUCCCUGCAGCAAAGAAGGCGAAAACGGCCAAAUCCGCCGAAAAGCCUGCACCUCUGAAAUCCGCAUUGAAAAAGAGCAAGGUCGAGACGACGGUCGUGGAGAAGCCGAAGGAGAAGAAGACCAAGAAGGUCAAGAAGUUCAAACCCGUCGUCGAAGAGGAAGACUUCCAAGGCGUCUCAGACAACGAUUCCCAAGGCCGCGCCGAACUCACCGCCGACCAAACCGCCGCCCUCCUCGCCGGCUUCUCCAGCAGCGAAGACGAAGCCUCCGACGCCGAAGACGACAACGACGGCGUCGAGGUCUCCAAACUCCCCUCCGCACCAACCUCCAAAGAGGUCAAGAAACAGCUCGCGCAAGCGAAGAAGAACGAGGACCCCGAAUCCACUCCCGGAGUCAUCUACGUCGGCCGCAUCCCGCACGGCUUCCACGAAACGCAAAUGACCGCCUACUUCAGCCAGUUCGGCGAGAUCACGCGUCUGCGCCUCGCGCGCAACAAGAGCACGGGGAAGUCGAAACACUACGCCUUCGUAGAGUUUGAGUCUGCUGCAGUCGCGGAUAUCGUGGCGAGGACGAUGGACAAGUACCUCCUCUUCGGCCACAUUCUGCAAGUGAGGACUGUGCCGGCGGAGCAGGUCAAGGAUGUGAUGUUUAAGAUACCGACGGCCAUGAAGAAGGGCGGGAAGGUGAGGCCGAGGAAUAAGAUUGAGGGGACGAAGUUGAGGAAGGGGUUGGAGAGGGAGGGGUGGGAGAGGAGGGUGAAGAAGGAGACGAAGAGGAGGGAGGGGAAGGCGGAGAAGUUGAAGGAGAUGGGGUAUGAGUUUGAGAUGCCUGGCGUGAAGAGUGUUGAGGGUGUACCGGUGAAUGGGAAGGGGAUUGAGGGUGGAGAUGCUGAGCCUGGUGCUGAGGAGGGUGUCAAGUUGAUUGAGGGAAAGAAGAGUGAAGUGGCACCUGGGGUUGAGGAGGAGGUUGAGAAGAUUGUCAAGGCUGAUGGCAAGAAGGUCACGAAGGAGGUAAGGUCGAAGAGGAAGAGCAAGGAGGGCAGUACGACUACUGUCACGAAGAAGACCAAGGUCGCGGAGUAA